UCCAAGGCCGACGAGCAGCGCUCCGACGCCGAGAAGAAGGUCGACCUCCUCAAGUUCGUCGUCCGCACCCGCCAGCGCAUGCUCCGCCUCCACGUCCUCGCCAAGUGGUGCCAGCAGGUUCCUUUGGUUCAUUACUGCCAACAACUUGCAGCAACAUUAUCCAGCCAUGAUACUUGUUUCACCCAAACAGCCGAUUCUCUGUUCUACAUGCAUGAGGGGCUGCAGCAAGCUCGUGCUCCAUUAUUUGAUGUUCCAUCUGCUGUUGAAGUCCUCCUUACAAAUGGUUAUCAACGGUUACCAAAAUGCAUUGAAGAUUUAGGAAUGCAGAGUACCCUUUCUGCGGAUGAGCAAAAGCCUGCUUUGAAAAAGUUGGACACACUUGUUCGGUCAAAACUUCUUGAAGCCGUGAUUCCUAAAGAAGUAUCUGAAGUUACAAUUUCUGAUGGUAUAGCUACUCUUCGUGUAGAUGGGGAGUUUAAAGUUCUUCUUACAUUGGGUUAUAGAGGACAUUUGACAUUGUGGAGGAUACUGCACUUGGAGUUGCUUGUUGGUGAGAAGCGUGGGCCUGUUAAACUUGAAGAAACACAGAGAUAUCCUCUUGGUGAUGACCUAGAGCGUAGAAUGGCUUCAGCUGAGAAUCCCUUCACAAUUUUAUAUACAAUUCUUCAUGAACUAUGCGUUGCGAUUGUGAUGGAUACUGUAAUUAGGCAAGUCCAGGUUCUACGUCAAGGCAGGUGGAAAGAUGCAAUACGUUUUGAGCUUAUAUCUGAUGGCCAUGCUGGUGGGAACACUGCUAUUUUGCAGCUUGGCCAAGAUGGAGAACUGGAAUCAACUGGUCUUAGGACGCCUGGUCUGAAAAUCACUUAUUGGCUAGAUCUAGACAAAAACAAUUCUGAUUCUUCCCCAUUUAUCAAGAUUGAGCCAGGGCAAGAUAUGCAGAUAAAGUGUCUACAUAGUUCAUUUGUCUUAGAUCCUCUUACAGACAAGGAAGCUAACUUCUCCCUUGAUCAGAGUUGCAUUGAUGUUGAGAAGCUUCUUUUAAAAGCUAUUGCCUGUAACAGACAUACUCGUCUGCUUGAAAUCCAGAGGGAGUUGAACAAAAAUGUUCAAAUUUGUCGAGCCCCAAGUGAUGUCAUCCUUAAGCAUGAAGCGACAGAAUUUGAGAUUGACUCAAGAAAGAAAGAAGAUAAACAGAACAUUGAUGAGUAUUUUAGGGAUGAGAUACUUCAAGUACGGGCAUAUGGGAGAUCCUAUAUUACCCUCGGAAUAAAUAUCAGGAAUGGCCAUUUCCUUCUUCAAUCUUCUAAGAAUAUUCUAUCACCAUCUGCACUGUCAGAAUGUGAAGAAGCUUUGAACCAGGGGACAACUACUGCUACAGAAGUUUUUAUGAGCUUGAGGACCAAGAGCAUUCUCCACCAAUUUGCUUCCAUUGGACGGUUUUUGGGACUAAAGGUUUAUGAUCAAUCUUUGAAUACCUUGAAAAUUCCGAAGUCCAUAUUGUAUGGUUCAGACUUGUUGCUGAUGGCAUUUCCACAGUGUGGGAAUUCUUAUUAUUUGUUGAUGCAGCUUGAUAAAGAUUUCAAACCAGUUUUUCAUUUGCUGGAGACGCAGCCUGAUCCAGGUGGGAAAUCUCAAUCUGCUUCUGAUAUCAAUCAAGCUAUUCGGUUUAGCAAGAUUGACGUUGGGCAGAUGCAGAUAAGUAGAAAUGAAUUGAGUAUGAGUCUUUUUGACUGGGAGAAAUUGCAACGAUUGAGGAACGUAGAGUCAUCUAAUCAGAUCUUGGAAAAUGGUCUUCUUCCUGAGCGUGGAAUGGAAUCUCGUUUGCAGCUUCCUGGUUAUUCAAAAUCGACAUUUUCAUCUGUUGUUGAUGAAGUUUUUGAGUAUGAGAAAGGUGCAUCAAGACCUAAUAAUCAUCUCUCAACAUCUUAUAGUAUGCCUUCUUUUCCCCAAGUAGGCUCUCUUUCUUAUAGUCCUCAGGGAGUAGCACCUGCAAUUGGUUCAUCAAGAUCUGAGGGAGGAUUACAGCAUUCUCCAGUUAAUAACGCGGCAAAAACUUCUCCAGGCCUUCUCAGCUCGGGUGGUUACUUGUCAACUAAUAUGAGGGGCUCUCUUCAGAAUGGUGCUAUAAAUGCCCUCUCCGCUUCAAGCUCUAUGAGGAACUCAUCUAUUCAGAAAUUGGCUAGUUCAAAAUCUGGCCAGGACUUGAGCUCUCUCAGGUCUCCGAAAGAGCUCAGUAAUAUCGAUGGGAGUCGAUCACAUCAGUUGAUGCCUCCACAAAGGAGCACUGGUGCUCAGAUCUCUGUUAAAAGUUCAUAUCCAAACAUCUCCAAAAGCACAUUAGCUAGUUCUCUAGUUGAAUCUACAGCAGGGCAAAUAGCAGAGUUUGGCAAUUCUUCUACCCCAUCCUUUGGUAGUGUUGGUAAACUUGAAAAAUCAUCUACGAAGCGCUCUCUCUCGCAAUUGCUCCUGCAUAUUUCUUCACUGCCAGUACAGUCCAAACGAAGAAAAGUUUCAGAAUCGGUGAAAAGUCUUUCUCCUGCUUUACAGUUAUUUUCAUCUGUACCAACACCAACAACAAAUGGUUUCACCUAUGGAAAUCUUCUUGCUGAAGGAAAUCAUAGCAUGACACCUAAUAUUUUUGUCUCACUCCUCCUCCAUGUUGUAAGGCACUGUUCCCUCUGUAUCAAGCAUGCUCAACUGACCAGCCAGAUGGAGGCUCUGGACAUUCCAUAUGUUGAAGAAGUGGGGCUGCGGACCCCAUCCUCUAGCCUGUGGUUGCGGUUGCCGUUUGCAAGAGAUGAUUCGUGGAAACACAUAUGCUUGCGCCUUGGUAAAGCUGGAACCAUGUCUUGGGAUGUGAAAAUAAAUGACCCACAUUUUAAGGAACUUUGGGAACUCCACAGAGGAAGUAAAUCAACAGCUUGGGGUUCUGGAGUUCGCAUUGCAAAUACAUCCGAGAUGGAUUCACAUAUCCAUUAUGAUUCAGAUGGUGUUGUCUUGACUUACAAGACUGUUGAGGCUGACAGUAUACAAAGACUGGUGUCUGAUUUGAAGAGGCUUUCAAAUGCACGAUUAUUUGCUUGUGGGAUGCGGAGAUUAAUUGGUGUGAGAGGUGAAGACAAGAUUGAGGAUAGCCAGACAAGUUCUGAGGCAAAAAUUAGCUCUGUAACCAAAGGUGCCAGUGAUGCUGUUGAUAGGUUAUCUGAACAGAUGAGGAAGACUUUUAAGAUUGAAGCUGUCGGUCUCAUGAGUUUAUGGUUUAGUUAUGGGUCCAUGCCGAUGGUGCACUUUGUUGUUGAAUGGGAAGCUGGUAGGGAAGGUUGUACAAUGCACGUCUCUCCUGAUCAGCUCUGGCCACAUACAAAGUUUUUGGAGGACUUUGUGAAUGGAGGUGAAGUUGCAUCUUUCUUGGACUGCAUACGGCUUACUGCUGGACCUUUACUUGCUCUUGGCGGUGCAAUUCGUCCUGCAAGGAUGACUGUCACCGUCUCUGCUGGUUAUAAUCCUUUCAAUAAGCAGAAUACUGUCAUGCCAUCUCAGGGACUCUUAACAAGCUGUUCAUCAUCGAACAAUGCCCAGCCGGCAUCUUCUAACCCCACAACCACCGCUGGUAUGAUGGCUCAGCUGAGCAAUCACAGUCUUCAUGCUGCUGCAAUGCUAUCUGCCGCAGGACGAGGUGGACCCGGGCUUGUUCCUAGCUCCUUGUUGCCUUUUGAUGUCUCUGUUGUGCUUCGGGGCCCCUAUUGGAUACGCAUUAUAUACCGUAAAAAAUUCUCUGUUGAUAUGCGCUGCUUUGCUGGAGAUCAGGUUUGGCUGCAGCCGGCUACGCCACCCAAAGAAGGACCUUCGGCUGGGGGAUCGUUACCGUGCCCGCAAUUUCGGCCUUUCAUUAUGGAGCAUGUUGCUCAGGGUUUAAAUGCUCUUGAACCUGGCUUUGUAGGCGCAAGCAAUACAAACCCUAGCUCAGGUGCUCAACUGUCAGCACCAAAUCCCAACCGUAUGAAUGUCCCUACCACUGUUGGUAUGACUCGACCAACUUCAUCUGUAGUUGCGAACCAGGUGCCUGGCGGCUUGAACCGAGUAACCAAUGCUGUGUUGGCCUCCUCGGGUUUGGCUUCAGGGAUCUCUGCAGUCCCUGUGCGUUUAUCUCCAGGCACUGGUCUGCCCGUGCACAUGAAAGGGGAGCUCAAUACAGCCUUCAUUGGCCUUGGGGAUGAUGGCGGUUACGGUGGUGGUUGGGUUCCUCUCGCGGCUCUUAAAAAGGUUUUACGUGGCAUCCUCAAGUACCUUGGAGUGCUGUGGUUGUUUGCACAGUUACCUGGUCUGCUCAAAGAGAUACUAGGUUCAAUCUUAAAGGAUAAUGAAGGGGCUCUUCUAAAUUUGGAUCAGGAGCAGCCGGCUUUGCGCUUCUUUGUCGGGGGAUAUGUUUUUGCAGUAAGUGUUCAUCGAGUCCAACUUCUUCUGCAAGUUUUGAGCGUUAAACGGUUCCACCAUCAGCAGCCACAGCAACAGCAGCAAGCACAGAACAACACUCAGGAAGAACUGGCUGCAGGAGAAAUCAAUGAGAUAUGCGAUUACUUCAGCAGGCGGGUCGCCUCCGAGCCCUACGAUGCUUCUAGAGUUGCUUCUUUCAUAACUCUUCUCACCCUACCCAUUUCAGCGCUCCGAGAAUUCUUAAAGCUGAUUGCUUGGGAGAAAGGCCUGUCUCAGGCACAGGGCGGAGACAUAGCCACCGCACAGAGGGCCCGUGUCGAGCUCUGCUUGGAAAAUCACUCGGGCUCAACUUCUGCCGACAACUCAGAAAGCAGCUCUUCGUCCACUAAGAGUAACAUCCAUCACGAUCGAGCACAUAACUCUGUAGAUUUCGCUCUGACCUUUGUUCUCGACCCCGCUCACAUACCGUACAUGAAUGUGGCCGGUGGAGCGGCCUGGCUUCCGUACUGCAUGUCAGUUAGGUUGAGAUAUUCGUUUGGUGAGAGCCAAAACUCCCACGUUUCUUUUCUUGCAAUGGAGGGAAGUCAUGGUGGAAGAUCUUGUUGGUUGCGGUACGAAGAUUGGGAGAAGUGCAAGCAGAGGGUCGCGAGGACGGUGGAAGGUGCAAACGGGACUUCGCUGGGGGAUGCGAGUCAGGGAAAGCUGAGGUUGGUUGCUGAGACGAUGCAGAGGACAAUUCAAGGAUACCUGCAGCAGAUGAGAGAUAGUCCUCUCUCCGGAGGCUCCGCAGCAACAUAGCAUGUCCGAUCAACUUCUAUCUUUAGACCGCAACCGACAAUUUUACGGUAUUGGAUAGUCUAUUAGAUUUGUACAGCAUAAGGGGAAUGUUGGCAUGCAUUUUGUGAAGAAGCUUGAGAAUUACUUCCUCGCCAAGCUGCUAUGUACACUGCCCACUAAUUUGUUGGAGAGGGGAAGAGAAAUAGAAGGAAUGUGUGGUAACAAUUUUGUACAGUCAAUAGAUGAUGAUGUAGCAUCUCUAAGAAAAAACUUUCUCCUUGACAUGAUUUGGGAUAUAUAUUAAUAUCCCAGUUGUGAAGUAUGACAUGAUACUUAUUAGAUGCUUGACUAAGUCUAAUUUCUUGAUGGAUUAGAGACAGUAUAGAUUCAGGUGCAGAGUUGGCCGAUGCUGCUUUAGCUGUGGAUAGAUCCCGAGACUGGCAGAAAAUUAUAUCAAAAGACAAACAUGUUGUUGCAUCUCUUUGAGGGGGUUGAGGGGAUUGGGCAAAUUUAGCAUUAGAUUGUAUCGGUGCGACCACUUAGGUAAUUCAGGUAAUCAAACUAUUGAAUUUUGUUAUGAUAUGUUUGGUGAUUCUGUAUUUUUCGUGUUCCGAAGAAAGUUCAUGUGCUGUUGAGGAUUAAUGAAGUAAAACUGAACUUGGGAAAUGCACAUGCAGGCCUCUGACUUCCAGCACAAUGUAAGAAUACCCCCUCAAUUUUUUAUAUAUUUCCUACUGAGCAUCUCUCAGUGAAAUCUAAGGAUAUUUUAUUAACAAUUUUAACUUUCUUUUCUCCUUGUAAACUUCUGAAUAUUAUUAUAUUUUGCUGAAAGAUGCCUAGUAGGAAUUUUUGUGAAGAAAAUUCCAAGCCAGGAGAUGAAAAGUGGGGACUUCUAUGAAAUUGUCUGAGAAGCCAGGGACUUGCACAAACAUUUCCCUUCUUAUGAUUUGUAAGGGUGUAUGGUAUCUCAUUUUCAAUUUUAUGGUCUUAAGAGGGGAUUGGUUUUACAGACCACUGCAGCAGCAAAUUAUUGACCUCUCUUAUUGCAAUCUUCUUUCUGUUUAGUUAUUUGCUCCUCAGGUGUGUAUAAAUAAAUCUAUGUGAGUUCAGGAGAUUCCCUA